GCCUCUCGUUACGAUACGUUCAACCCCAAAGUGUCAUGUUGCGGUGGCGAGUACGAACGCACUCUUUUGUUCAGCUUCGGAAUGGCCGCUGUUUUUCAGAGUGUUUUCUUUUUUUCCUCGACUAAUAUUCAAUACGGGAGCAGCGCUUAGGUACCCCGUUACAUCUUGUGUCCAUUCAGUGAUCCCCCGGCUCGGGGAUCAAGUGUCUCCGGCUGUUCUCCGUAGGUGUCUGCCGCCUGUUUGCGCUCAGCUGGCUGCAACACAGAUUUCCUCUGUCGGUCGAACUCACGGAGGACGGUUCGGUUGGAAGUCCGCCUCCGACAGCCGCUCCGCCGCUCGGGCCUACAUGCACAGUUAGCCCUGGUUUAGAUGGAGCUAGCGCCUGGGUGUGAGCAAAUCGACACAGGAUUAACAACAACUUGAUGACCUUUGCAGCCUGAAAGAAUUUCUACUCGAAGAUCCUUAAUUGUGUGCUGUUCGAACGCUUAAGCAUGUGGCCCAUGGAUGCCACAAUCCAGCUACUUCAAAGGAUUUUUUCUUCCAUGGCAUUUUAACAAAGUAUCAGAAGUAUCCAAAAAACCUUUGGAUCAAAAAGCCUUUACUUUAAGGAUAAUCGCAAAUGUGUGGGCCUUUACAGGGAUGUUUUCUUUAAAAGCUUACUUGACUGUUUGUGUUCCUUUUUUUCCAUAUAAGUAACCUGACAAGAGAAACUCCCAUGAGCAACUCUGCAGGAGGCCCGAUAACGUCGACAUGAGUAGUACUUUAGGCAAAGAAAAAGAAUCAAAAGAAAAGGACCCAAAAGGUGGUCCAGCAGGGAAAGAAAGGGAAAAGGAAGCUAAAGCUCUGGCCAGCUUAGCCAAGGAUGGUGGCAAAGAAACGAAGACCAAAGGGAAAGAUGCCAAAGAAGGAAAGAAGGACACCAGCAGCGCACCACCGGGUGUUGCCUUCUCUGUUGACAAUACGAUUAAGCGGCCAAACCCGGCACCAGGGACGCGCAAGAAGUCCAGCAAUGCUGAGGUGAUCAAAGAGCUUAACAAAUGCCGGGAGGAGAACUCAAUGAGACUGGACCUAUCAAAACGGUCCAUUCAUAUGCUGCCCACCUCUAUUAAAGAGUUGACGCAGCUGGCUGAACUCUACUUAUACAGCAACAAGCUGCAGAGCCUGCCAGCUGAGGUGGGUUGUCUAUCAGGCCUGGUUACUUUGGCCCUGAGUGAGAACUCUCUGACCAGCUUGCCUGACUCUCUGGACUCCCUUAAGAAGCUUCGAAUGCUCGACCUUCGGCACAACAAGCUGAGGGAGAUACCGGCUGUCGUCUACCGGCUGACGUCUCUGACUACACUGUACUUGCGCUUUAACCGCAUCACGACGGUAGAAAAGGACAUUCGAAAUCUAUCCAAACUCACUAUGCUCAGCAUCCGUGAGAACAAGAUUAAACAGCUACCUGCAGAGAUAGGGGAGUUAUGCAGCCUCAUUACUCUGGAUGUUGCCCAUAAUCAGCUGGAGCACCUACCGAAGGAGAUUGGGAAUUGCACACAAAUCACCAACCUCGACUUGCAGCACAAUGAGCUCUUGGAUCUCCCAGAGACUAUAGGCAAUCUUGCAAGCCUAAAUCGUUUAGGUCUGAGAUACAAUAGAUUGUCGGCCAUCCCCAGAUCAUUAGCCAAAUGUCGAGAACUGGAAGAGCUAAACCUUGAAAACAACAACAUUUCAGUGUUGCCAGAGGGCCUCCUGUCAAGUUUGGUGAACCUAACCAGUCUGACACUGGCAAGAAAUUGCUUCCAGUCGUACCCUGUGGGUGGGCCAUCCCAGUUCUCCACCAUCUACUCCCUCAACAUGGAGCACAACCGUAUCAACAAGAUUCCGUUUGGUAUCUUCUCCAGGGCCAAAGUAUUGAGCAAGCUUAACAUGAAGGACAACCAGUUAACAUCUCUGCCAUUGGACUUUGGCACAUGGACUAGCAUGGUUGAGCUCAACCUGGCCACCAAUCAGCUGACUAAGAUCCCAGAAGACGUCUGUGGACUAGUUUCUCUCGAGGUGUUAAUAUUGUCCAAUAAUCUUCUCAAGAAGCUACCACAUGGUAUUGGAAAUUUGAGGAAGUUGCGGGAGCUCGAUUUGGAGGAAAACAAGUUGGAAUCUCUGCCUAAUGAAAUUGCUUACCUUAAAGAUUUACAUAAAUUGGUGUUGACGAAUAAUCAGCUGACCACGUUACCGCGGGGUAUCGGCCACCUCACUAACCUGACUCAUUUGGGUUUGGGAGAGAACCUGCUGCAACAUCUUCCUGAGGAGAUUGGUACACUGGAGAACUUGGAGGAACUGUACCUCAACGACAACCCCAACCUGCACAGCCUCCCCUUCGAGCUGGCUCUCUGCAGCAAGCUGACCAUCAUGAGCAUAGAGAACUGUCCUCUCAGCCACCUACCGCCUCAGAUCGUUGCAGGAGGCCCCUCCUUCAUCAUCCAGUUCCUCAAGAUGCAGGGACCGUACCGUGCCAUGGUCUGAGCCGAAAGCAGCUCAAACCCUCUCCCACUUAACUCCAAACCCUUCACUUCCUGUACACCCUCUCACCUGCCCGCCCCCACAACGUGUAUCAUACACUGUAAAGAAAAGACUCGCCACAAUCAGUGUUUGGGGCAAACAAAAGGAGGAGGAUGAAGACGAGGAAAGCGUUUCUUUCACCACCCUUGGGCAGAUACAAGGCAAACCUUUGGAGACUUGGCUUCUUUGUUACUCCAGAGUUUAUCGAGAUUAUUUUAGGUCCCCAGCCACCCCCCUCUCCCCUCGCUCAUCUUGCAUUCCGAAUCGUACAAGAGGAAAAUAUUUCCAUCUUUGCCAAAACUGAAGAUAUAUAAAGUUAUAUAUAUUGAGUUACUGUGAGCUAAGUGGCAAAAGUCUUUUAACCAUAUACACCGUGCUCUCAUUGCCAAUGUAUUUACAGUAAUUACAAGCAUCUAUUAUGUGAGCAAGGAUACAAUUGUAUGCAAAAACAAACAAAAAAAGUUUUUGGAACUUCAGAUUUACUGCUGCUGCCGUAAUUGUAACUCAUCUUGUUAUAUUUUCUUUUGAUAUUCCCUUUUUUUUUUUUUUUUUUUUUUUUUUUUUUUUACAUCAACUUCAUUCAAGAUGUUAUAUAUUAUCUUAGGUAUUUCUACAUCUUGACCGCAGAGAACAAAGGUCUAAUGAUGAUGUGUUUAUAAGUUCCUUUUUUGGUUUUGUAUUUUUUUCUUUUUUGUUUUUACAUUUCCUGUGUUUUUAAAAAAUGUGCCUAUGUUUAGAGUGAUCCAGUGGUUCAUUUCUAAACACCAUUGUCCAUACGAAUACAAAGAUAUAAAUUAUUUCAAUAAUUCUUUUUUUUUUUUUUUUUUUUUUUUAAAUCCUGCUGUUUUUACUUUUAUUUUUCCUUUUUUUCUUUAGUGUUCCUUUUGCUGUUGCAUUGAUCCAUUUAGCGAUAUCAGUUGUAAAAUAGGGUGAUUGGAGGUCUUUCGACAAAUAGCAGCAGUAGUUGUUAAACAUUAAGCUAGUAAUGUAUACAUAUGAGAAAUGCCAAUCGUACAUGCUUCAAAAAACAAAAAACAAAAAAAAAGCAAGUUGGACUUUGCUCCAAAAUGGGUGGUGCCCUGACCCCCAUGUCGAUAUUGCUUUUAUGUGACAAAAAGGUAUUGAAAAAAGUCAAACGUACACAGGUGAUGGGAUAAAUGAGAUGUUUUUUAUAUAUGUAUACCAAUCCUGGUUGUUGCCUUGAGUGCAAUUUUAGUUAUGUUUACUUGUUUGAUAAUAUCUUCAGUGUUGGGCUGCACAGCUGUCAUCCAGUUGAUCACUGACCAACAUAUCAUGCAUUUUUAAAAAGACAUCUUGGUUUUCGAGUGGCGAGUGUAUCAGAGCUUUGUUUUUUAAAAAAAGAGAAAAAAAAAAGGUUUAAUAAUAAAAACAUUGGCGGGUAACUCCUUCUCAACAGUUCUUUUAUUAAUAUCUUUAUUUUUCUUUAGUUUUUCAACAGGGUCUCAUAAAAAUCUUACGUACAUGAUGGAAAAUGUUUCCUCAAUUUUUGAUUUGUAAUUUAAUUUUCUUUAAAUAUCUUCUCUUGUCCCACACUGUCCCAGCGAUGCUGCUGCUCUUAUGCACUUUUUUAAAAACAUUGGCAUCCUCUAUAUUAUGGAAAAAGAAAAACACAGUAGCCUCUCAUCAGUUAUUUUGAAUGGGGGCAUUUUUUUCAUAAAUGAAUGAGUAUUUUCUCUGCUAAACUGACCUUUUAUCAUGUAAAUUUGUAUCAAUUAAAUAUAAAUGUUGAGUUUUACAGGCUCAGAAUAUACUAGUAACUUUCUUUUGGGAAGUUGUAUCCUGUCAGUCUUAAACGGAACUUGCUCUCUUGAACUGUAAAAGGAUCUUUGUGGCUAUGACAUGUUCUAAGAUUUGCAUAUCCUGCUUCUCUGUUGCAAGCAAAAUGGCUUAAUGCAGUUCAGAUCAGCAUUGUUUAUUUGAAAUCAUUUGAAGUUGAGUGUUUUAUUUUCUUUCUUUCUUAAAGAUGUCUUCACUUAGUAUUAUUUCAAGUGACUGUACAUUAAAAAUCCCAAGAAAGGUAAUCCAACCAAACUUUUUUUUCCUUUUUGAAAAUGUGCAUCCCAGUUCUAUACUCUAUCACUAUUCUGUUUUGUAUUGGAAUGUGUGGGUCUACUUUUUUUGCAGCAGCCUGGUGUGUUUCUGUGGGCUGUGGUCUGGUAACAACGCCACAGCUCACCUCGGGGUGGGACCGGGUCGGUGGAACAAUGUACCGCUGCUUCUAAUUUACCAGCAGAACCUGUUGCUGCUUUUUUCGUGGACUGAAACAUUAUGAUGUACAAGACAGAUGAGGGGUGGGUGUGGGUGGGUGGGGGCUGGUGAGGGCAGGAGGCAGGGCAAAAUCCACUCCCACAACAACAACAACAACAACAACAACAACAACAACAACAACACAGAUAACAGACUUCACCUGAAAACCUGACGAGGAACAAGUCCAGUGACCUUUUUGCCGUGUUUUUCACACAGAUCAAAUCGUUUGGACACGACGAUGUGACAUCACAACAAGGUGCAUAUUUGAGCUUAACGCAGUUACAGUACAAGACUGUCGGAAAAAGACAAAAAAAUUGUAAAAAGGGCUUUCUGUGUUCACGCUCAACAACACACCGGAGGCAUUGCAUUCCUGGGUUUUAUAUAAAAGCUUUGGAAGUUUCUUUUUUUGUGUGUAUUUACUUUUAGCUGUAAACAAUUGUGCGAAAAAUGCCUUCAACCAGUACUCAAAAGUGAGAUGUGCAUUAGGUAUGCAGCGUGAGUGCUGUGACCCAUUUUACAUUCAGUCUCUGUUUUUACUUUUUUCAUGUGCCAUUUUUGCGAGGUUGAGAAUGCCAGUGUGUGACGUGCGCAGAGGUCAGGGGAGGCUAAAAUCAGUCGACUGAAGAGCAUUUAUCAGAUCCUGGAAUGUAAGUUCUAAUGGGCUGUUGGAAGAGAUGGAAGUCACCAACCGACCCCUUUAGGUGGAGCUGUGACCUGAUAUUAGAUCAAAUGUUCAGGAUGUAUUUAAUACUGGUGCAUCCAAAAAUAAUUGGAGUAUAAUUGGUGUUUGUUUUUCUAUUGUGUGUGAUUUUAGGCCAUGGAGAACAUCGCAGAAUCAAGGUCAUUUAGCUCUUUUUUUUUUUUUUUUUUUUUUAAUCUUUUUUUUUUUUCCUCUGGAUCAUACAACUGUCUUUUACUUGCUUGGUUAUUUUGUACAGAAAACAAGCAUGUGGAAAACAUAUUUGACAUGAUUUGUCUGGGUCAGAAUCGGGUGUUUGCAUAGAGGACUUCGAUUUAGUGGCUAUUUGGUGUAUCAGCAAAUGCUACCUUUUUGUAUAUUGCAAAGGGUAUCAAAGCAUUGUGUGGCAAUGCUUAUCCUACUUAAUCUACAUUGACAAGCAGCCUUAAUGGUCUUUUUUAUGUGUUUGUUUGGCUAUUCCUAGUGUCUAUGGCCACUGACUGUACUUGAUGACAAGCAACUGGUUGUUACAAUGUAAAUUUGGGUCUAAUUUCUUUCUGUCUAGUUUUCCUUUUACUAUGUACAGUAAUCUGACGUUACGGUAGACUCAGUAUUACAAAUCUGUAAUGUGAUUAGAGUUUUACAAAAGACAAAAGAGUGCAAUGGAAGACAAUGCCAUUAUGCUACCAAGUGGAUGUGCGUUAGUUUACGUCUCACUUGUCUUUGGCAUUAAAGGGGAAUUCCACCAAAA